AUGUCAUAUGGAACGGCUCGUGGGGACCAAGCCGACCUCGCCCUGCGACUUAUGCGCAAAAAUCCGGAAGUGUCGCGCUUCACAAAUGAGAUCCGCCGCAAACUUUUCCAGUUGAGAGAGGUAAGAACUUCUUGCACGCCGAUUUUGAUCCGAAACAACCUCAACGAGAUUGGAGAACGACUUUUUUGUUCUCUUUUAAAUCGUUCGCGUAAUCUCUCUUCGAAUUGUGAAAGACGAGGAUUAAAAAAACAUAAUGUUUUGAAGAUUUUGAGAAGGUUGGAAUAGCUGAGCAACUAGCUGAGCUUCUAGUGAUAAAUUUUUGGAAAACGAAUAAAGAUUUGUUCUAGUCUUGAGGGUUGAUCACCAAGAAAGUCAAAUUUGUGGACGAGAAGCUGGCUUCCUUUUUCUUUUUCUGACAUCUGUUUUCAAAUCAAACGCACGAAAACGACAAAGAAGCAAAAAGAGGUUCGCCGAAAUAAAAGAACUAGUUAAUGAGACGUCCGGAAAAAAGAGGAAGUUUGAAAAUUUUGAUCAGAAGCUUCACCACGUCUUCUGCUGUCUACUGCGGGAGGAACUCGUGUAGUUGACUACUCCGAAUUAAUUUAUUUCAACCGAGCGUAUUUCGAAGAGCAAUUAUUGGAUGUUUGGUGCUUUUGGGAGAAAAAAGGCUGCUGCGAAAUAUCACGGUCCAGAGAGUUCUCCUGUUGUUGGUUCGGAACUUUGACCUUCUUGGCGCUUUUAAGAUGGAAUAUUUGAUUCGACACGCUCCAGUGCAAUCUUUUUCGUAUUUGAGAAUGAAUAAUAAGGUGUUUUCCUUCUUAAAAAUUCGUGUUUUGAAUGAAGUAGCUUGAGAUCCAAGAUUCAAAAAGCAUCCUUUAUGAAUGCAGAUCAAAAACUGGGAUCUUUUCUGCAUUCCUUGGCGAUCAUUUUACAAGAGAAAUGGAAAUCUGGUGAAAGUUUUGAUUUAUUGGAUUCAAUCAACACAGCAAUAUCGACUCAAUUUUAGACGUUCUAAUUUUUCUGCAUUUUUCUGGUUGCAAGAUUUUUUGAAGAUAAUAUUACCGGCGUCAGAGAAAUUUUCAAAAAGAUGAGAGUCAGUAAGAUAGAAAACAUCCGAUCGUUUAUUGUCGUGCCGAAGUAGACGAUAUCGAGUUUUGAACUUGAUUAAAAGUUUUCAGAACCAUGCACGAGAAUAGAGACUGGUGUAGGAUCUCUGGUCAAUGAACACGACAAUUGAGACUGAAACAAAAAGAAAACUUCGUUGGGCUGUGCACAAGCCGUUAGUAAGAUAAUGAAAUGAUUUUAAAAAAGUGUUGUUGAUCAAAAUCACAAAUAUUCGAAUCUUGACCUUAUAAAUGUUGCAGGAAAAGUCAAUUUUUAAUCGAUUAGAUUAUAUCUAUAUUUUCGAAAUGUUUAGCGGAAAAUAGUUUCCCUCGACUUGGUUUGAGAAAAAGUUACUUCACUGUGGAAUUUAAGCUGACGAUCGGUUUUACAAGCAAAUUCGUUUUUAUUAUCGUCAUUUAAUCAAACUCCUAUUUUGGUCUAGCGCUUCAACUAAUAAAAGUCGUGAAAACAACGGCCAAGUUCCAAGCAGCCCAGCUUUCCCCUCCAUGAAGGCUUGGUUUGUAGAUAGUUCCCUAGACUUUGCAGCAAUGUCAAAAUACUGCUCUUCGCUACAUACCGUUUGUACAUACCGUUGACUCAACUUGAUUUUGGUUUUCUAGAUUAUUUUUCUAAAAACCUAACUUCUCUAUUUUGCCGGCUUUGGUGUUUCACGAAGUCUGAACGAAAGAUCAACUGGAAAAUUGUGGUUGGUUGGACAAAAGAAAUAAAAAUGCGAAUACCUACUUUCAUAAAGUUCUUUUUUGAGACCAAUUUGAUUUUUUGAAACACCGGGAAAUACCUCCAGCAUUCUGAAAUUAUUCUGGUCGGUGGGUCGGCGAUGCUCGGGAAUCCGACCUUCUAUUAAUUAUGAAUGUUUGUCAAGAAAACUAAUUGGGGACUUCUGUCACCAAGAAGAGCUUUGAUUUGUAAUUGCACCUCCGCGCACCCGACAUCCGCUCGGAGUUUACUUGGCGCUUGUCUCGGGCUUUUCGUUUUCCACCUACAGGUGCUGCGUAAAGUCGCUUUCAUCCCCGUUCACCACAACAUUCUGUUUUUCCGCCACAUCAAAAAAGUUACCUUGGUUCGAUUUUUCCAGAUCAAAAUAUUAAGCUACCUUUUCAACUUCAAUUAGAUCCAAUAUUAUCUUUUCAUAUAGAAAAAAAGGAGAAUUUGCGAAAUUUUAAAAAAAAGUGAAAAAAAAUUCUUGUUCAAUAGGAACAUUUGUUGUUCGCGCUCUAUUACCCAUUUGUAAUUUAACCUUUUAACCUUUAUUUUUAAGUUUCUAAUUACGGUAAAAGAAAUAGAGCGAUGUUUCUAGUCGCGAAUAAAAUAUAAAAAAAGAAUUCACCUGCUGCAAAACUUUGAUUUGAUUGAAGAUUUUUCCCCAUUUAAAAAAAUUACUGGAAGAAGAAGUAUAGUAGCUACUUUCAGAUGAACAACCUGACUGAGACGUGUAGAAGAUACGUCGACGAACACCCCGACCUGACCAACGAGCCAUCGGUUCUCGUGCCGAUCUCCGUCCUCUACUUGCACAUCUUCGUUUUAGGCAUUUUCGGAAACCUCGCUGUUCUGUGAGUUCACAUGCCAACAGUUGGACUGAAAUUCGGCUUUCAGGUACCUCACAAUGAGAAACCGUCAGCUCCAGACCGUCCAGAACAUUUUCAUUCUGAAUCUAGCCGCUUCGGAUGUCUUGAUGUGUCUGACUUCGCUUCCAAUCACGCUCAUCACCAAUGUGUACAAAACAUGGCUGUUUGCUUCACCGGUUUGUAAACUUCUUCCACUCGUACAGGUUCGUACUUUGAUAUCUGAACGAUUAAUGUUCUCAUACAUUAAGGGUGCUUCGAUUUUUGUUUCUACGUUCUCUCUGGCGGCAAUCGCACUGGAUAGGUACCUCGUGAACAGAAGUUCAUAGUAAAUCGUCUUCAGGUAUAACCUGGUGGUUCGCCCUCAUCGGAUCCCCCUGACGUCCCGCGGAGCUUCGAUGGUCGCGCUCUCCUUAUGGGUCAUUUCCGUCGUCGUUUGCAUGCCCUACGGCUGGUACAUGGACGUCAUCAAAAUCCCUGGCCUCUGUGGAGUGGUUCGAAAUCGACGGAAGCACUCAUUUUGAGAUUAUUUCCAGUUCUGCACUGAGAAAUGGCCUCUGGCAGAAGUUCGGAAAGGGUACGCGUUCAUGGUCCUCAUCACUCAGUUCUUGUUUCCUUUCACAACAAUGGCCUUUUGUUAUUAUGCCAUUUUCUCACGUCUUCAGCACAGGUAUGCAUAAAACAAAGGAGAUGGAAAUAUUAUUGACAAUUAACUCUUUCAGAGCUGAGAAAAAACUGAAAAAGAUCUCCGAAAGGACUCAGCUUCUGGAGAACAGUACCACUGCAGCUGUAGUUAACACUGUUGUUCAAGUUAAAAACGUAAAUUCUUUCUGAAAAAAAAAUCUGUCUUCAGGAUGUGUCCAAAACUCACUCGGCUUCCGAAGGCAAUCAACGAAUCCUUGUUUUAGCUCAGCAAAGAAGAACUACGACCAUUUUAGCGUCGAUGGUAUGUUCUAUAUUGAACCAGAAAAAAUAUUUUCCAAUGUGUUGACUAGCAGUUUGCUUUAUUCUCCAGGGAAUUGCUGUUUUGCUAUUUCAUCAUGAUGAUAAAUUUUGAAAUUAUGGGAUAUUCUAUUUCCUGUUUUUGAAAUUGUUCUCCUUGAUUUUUUCCAGAUUCUUUUCGCAGCUGUUUAGAGCAUUUGCAAACCUUAGAAGACUUUUAUUUCUCUUUUUUAGGUUUUGUUUUUCGGCUUGACCUGGCUUCCACACAAUGUCGUUACGUUGAUGAUUGAAUACGAUGAAUUCUUUUUCCACACAAAUGAAGGCGUCGACCACACCUACAUGAUAUCGACGUCCGUCCAUUUGUGAGCAUUCCCCCCUGUAUUCGAGGCAAUUUUAUUUACAGGAUUUCGAUGCUUAACAAUGUUUCAAACCCUUUUCUGUAUGCCUGGCUCAACCCAGUGUUCAGAGAAAUAUUGCUCAAAACAAUCAAAGGAUCGAAUUCAAAAUCGAGCUUGAAACAAAACACCAUUUUGAAGGUCUGUGAUCAAAUUCGUUCUAGAGCGAGUAAUAAAAGGUGUUCCCACUUAAAAGAUGCGAUGAACCAACGCACCGGUUUUCAUGCGGAAAAAAAGUAAUUGCAGAUGAGUUUCGCGACGUCGACGGCCAUGACUUCGUCGGUGCCAAGAACCGCUACGCCCUGAAGAAUUCUGGAGUUCCCAAAAACUACGCUCAUUUGCAAAUCGGAUUGUUCCACAUAUCAUGUCACUGUAAUUAACUCGAAGUAAACUUUUAAUAAUAAAACUACAAUGCGAGAUUAUGCAACUUUUCAGAAAUCAAAAAAAAUUGAAAGUUACUUACUUCAUAUCGAGAAGGGAUUACAGCCAAGAACUUCCCUUCAGCACGAAAAUUUCUAAAAGCUUCAGAAAAUAUCGCAAAAUUUCCACGUUUUCAAUGUUCUCAUAACCAUUGACUUCGAGAUAGAUUAAAAAGAAGAAAAAUUAUAGCGUUUUUUAAAUAAAAUUCUAAAACAUGCUGAUUAUAAAAAGCUCACACUACCCUUCCCUCUGUUUUCUGAGAAAGUGAAUUGAAUUUUUGUUUUUUCUCUCUAAAAUUCUUCAGAAAAGAUUAUAAAUGAGAGUUUACGGUACAUUCAAAUUAGCGGAACUCAAAAAGGUCGGGCACAUUUUUUUAAUAAUCAUUCUGAAAUUAUUUAAAUCGCUACUGAAUCAGGUUAACACUAAAUUCGAUCUACAUUUUUAAACAAAAGCCAUUGCAAAAAGAAGGAAUGUUUAUUGUCCCCAAGUCAUCAUUUACAUUGGUAGAGCUCGAUUAGACUCAUUGAGCAAGUCCUUGGAGAGCGGCGAGUGUUAUCUUCUCCCUCAUAUCUGGCGGCGUCUUGCUGAGGCUUUUUCUAGAGAGCCAUAUUUAAGGGCGGAGGUCCCUGGUGCAUGCGAAUUUGUCAAAUUGGCGACACGCCAAAAGAGUCGUCGCUUGCCCCUCCCUCUCGUGAAAUCCAUCGAAUUCGUUUUGAAAACCAUUUCUGCUCUGAUUUCUGUUUGCCCCAUGUUUUUUUGUCAGCUAUCAGAAGCUAUCGCUGUAGAGUGUUUAUAAUUUUUUACGGCAAAAAAAUGAAACUCCGCGGGAAGUCGAUUAUCCUACAGAUUCAAAUGGACGCUUGACCGUCUCAUUCAGCCAUCCGUUUAAUGAUAUUACAUUUCCUCAAUUUUAAUCCAUCUUAAGGUCCCAUUAGGUUUUGAUAUAUUUUUCGCGCUGGUUCACACUAAAACUUGCGUGGAAAACAUUUACAUAUCAAAAACAAUAAUGUGACGUUGAAACAAUUGUCUUGCGCCUAGUAAAUUUGUCAUGAUGUAAUUAUUUGUUGUGAACAACAUCAAAUACUUUGAAUUACCCCAGCGAAAAACUCCUGAAUAUUUGAAAUUUUUGUUAAAUUUCUUCAGAAAUUUAAACUUUGUUGAACUUUAGCUAUCAAGCUACCUGGAAAAAGCUCAAAUGUCAGUGCUGUUUUUGUUAUCAAAUGUGAAAAAGAAACUUUACUUCAACGAGGAUAGUUGAGGUUGCAGCCGCCGAUGCGGCAGCUUUUCCUGCUGCUGCUUCUGGCGGCUUCUCUCGCCUUCGUCUUGGCCCAGACUUUUUCGUGUGCUCCGCGUUGCCAAUGCUAUGCCGAUCCUGAACAUCCGUCCUACAUGCAUCUCGUCUGCAAAUGGGAUCAGGUCUGUAAUUGCUCACACAGGCCACUGACUUGUAUGGUUUCCGCGUCGGUGCUUUUCGCCCAAAAUUAUACUUCCUUUGUCAGUUCUCUGUUUUUCGUUGGGCCAGUCCAAACAAAAAAGUUUGUGAAAUGACAAUGGGGACUUUAAUUGCACAACAAUUUUGUCGACUCCAAAAUUCAGCUUCCAAGAUUCCUGAAAAAGAGUUUUUUGGUGAAAAGGAAAAGAAGAUUUUGAAGACCAAAGACUAAAUAGUUUCUAGUUACUCUCAUAACAAACGGAAAACUUUACUGCACUACAAAUAUUACGAAACAUCUUAUAUUAAUUUGUAUAAAUAAGAAUAUCAUAUAUAUGAUUUACAUCAAAUUAGGAAAAAAAAUAGAAAACGAGCUUUCGAUCUUUUUUUUUUCUUUUCCCAAACGUGCUCUGACGUAUUUUUUUCCUAUAGCAAAACACUUCAGGGCAAUUUAGUUGAUUCGUAAAUAAUUAGUCUAUUUUUUUUUGUGUUACUCUCUAUCAGUGAUAAUCUUUUUUCAAAUACUUUUCUAAUACACGCUUUUUUAAGCGCUUUCCCUCCGUUUGAAUUUUUUUUUCUUUUAUCAGUAAAAACGGUAUAAGUUUAUAUAAUCCUUUGAUUUACACUGCUUAUUUCUGUUCCUAAAAGCUUUGUAAAGUAUAUAAAAAUGGAUCGCGAAGACCCCAUAAUAUGUCUUGAGAUCUUCAGCAUACCUUUUAGCCAUAUCUGAGCCAUCUCGGAGGUACUUCAGAGUCUCUCUCAUUUUGCUCAGUCCUCAGAGGUAUACUCGAGGUACCAUCGUGAGACUUCAGAGCCUGCGAUAUACCUCAGAGGGUAUCGCGAUACCUUUUCUCGUUUCGCCUAUGCCCCUCCUGAAACAAAAUUUAUGUAGAUUUAUCAGUUAAAAUUUUAAAAUCACGGUAAGGUUGUUUUUUUAAACAAAUUCUCAAUAUAAGUUUAAAAUAUCAUGGAAAUUAACUUAAGAUUGUGAGAUGCAAUUUUUUUCGCAUUCUUGAAAAUGGAUUUCAGGUCUAAUUUAAACUUUUUUUGCGUCCAGCUUUUUGACUUCGAAAAGCACCGUGAAUAAAAACACUCCAAAAAUUUUCUAACUUGUUCCAGCUGAACACAACAAACUUGAACUCUUUGCCGCGACCAGACCUCGUCCGAACCCUCACCAUCAGAUGCCCUCAUCAAUACCGGAAGCCCUCAACUCCUCAUGCGGGAAUGUUCCAGGUUCGAUUUUGCCAAUAUCUAUUUGCAGUUGAUUGAAACUCUUCAACCACAGGGUCUUCAAAACCUUGAACGACUCGAACUGGACCGGUGCCAAAUCUCCUACCUUCCUGAAGCUCUUUUUGCGGUUGGAAAAUGUAAUUUUUUUUUGGAAAUUAGUUUAUUUAAGGGCCUCGGGCAACUGUACUCAUUGAUCGUUAGGAACGCGAAUAUGACUGAUAUUCCGAGGGUGCGCCUCUCAAAUAUUUUCGACUAAAUUUUUAUUUUCUCAGGAACUUUUCGCACACGUGCCCAAUCUAAUGACUUUAGAUUUAUCUGGAAACAAGUUACGCAUUGAGCCUUACUCUCUGCGAUAUUUGUCGUGAGUUCAUUGCCGGUAAUCACUAUUCAAUCAUCUUCUCAGGAACUUGGUUCAUCUGGAUCUCAGCGAAAACGACAUCGCUUUUCUGACAAAUACCUUGAUCCCGUUGACUAUGUUGCGUGUAGUGACUAUCGAUCGGAACAAAAUCACAAACAUCGAUUUUAGGAGGUAUUAUAGAACACCUUCAGAAAAGAAAAGCACUUCGUUUUUGAGUGUAGGUUCGUAUUGCGACUGCAGAUUUUCGCUUGUGAGUCCAAAAAAAAAGUCCAGAAUUUUGUUUCUAGGCAUCUUGUUGUAGUUUCAGCUUUAGAAUCAACUCGUAGAAUUUUUUGAAUUACGAAAACCGUUGAAGUUUAGCUUCGAUUUUUUGUUUUGUUUUGAGAACUUUAUUUGGAUAUUGUAGAUUACCCGAAGAGCUGACCGAUCUGUCAUUGCGGAACAACUGGAUAUCGACAAUUCACUAUGUUCCCAACAGCGCGAGGUCGGUUAUAUCAUAGUGAUUUUCAAUUAUGCUAUCUCAGGCAUCUCCGUCGGCUUGACUUGGCCGGGAAUCGUCUCGAGUUUUUUGCGGGGGCAGGCAGUUCGGCCUAUAUCAAUGUCCUUCCGGCCUCGCUCAGAUUCGUGGACUUGUCAUCAAACAAAAUAAACUUUCUUCACGAGUCUGCCAUGCAACACAUGCAAAAGAUGGCUGUGCUCGAUUUGCAGUUACCUUUCAGUUUAAUUUCAUCGAAAAGAAGGCUUUUUAAGGAACAACUCACUGCGCGAAGUCAAGAUGGAGAACCUUCUGGGGUCGAAAGUUAGUCUUCGCGUUUACUUGUCAAAGAAUCCUCUGCGAUGUCACUGCAACAUCCGAUGGAUGUUACACGCGACUGAAAAAGUUAGUAUAUUAUUGAAAGAUACUUAUCUUUUUGAAAGACAUAAUUAUAUAAAGAAAAACCGGAUUUGAUAAAAAGAGUUAUUUCGCACUGAUCUUUUAUUAAUGACUAAAGUUUUACCUUUAAAGGUGAUACAGCACGAAUUUCUUGCGCAAUAUUAGUUUUGCAUAGAACUAAUUUCAUGGAAAAAUAUUUUCCAUGCAAAUUAUGAGGAAAAAGUUUCAUUUUUUUUUUCUGUUUUUACGAACUAAAUUUUUCAGGUCCUUUUUUACUUUUUCCGGUAUCAAUAUGUGCUUACGUGUGAAAACUCAGAGUUCAUUCAGGGGUUUUUUUUCCAAAAGCUCGAAAUUUCGGAAAUAUUUGAGUAGGCAAUAAGAUGAAAAAAAUUCUUCUACUAGUUGGUAUUUCGCCGAUAAACCACUAAUAUCUUCAAAUUGAAGCUUUCGCCAACUGUGGCCGACGUCUCAACCGUAACUUGCGAAUCCAUCGUGGAUCCUUCGCGAGUGUCCCUUUUAACACUAGCCGAUGCGAGAAACGAGCUUCUUUGCAAAUACAAAAAUGUCGGUGAAGUCAAAAAAAAAGUGUUAAGGAAACUCUUGCAGAUAUGUGAAGCUGAGUGUCCUUGUUGUUCUGCUGUGGAAUGCCCAUGUCGCAGAGAUUGUCCGCCUCCAUGUCAAUGUUUGCGGUCCGCCAAUACGGCUUCCACCAAAGUUUGUUUGCAGAAAUGUUUUUAA